AUGUCCGCCCUCACACACCUCUUCCCCUUCUUCCUCGCCAUCGACGCCAUCUUCUCCGUCCCGCUCGGCGCCGCGCUGGGGUGCGUGCUCGGCUACGCGCUCUGCGACGGGGACGCCGCCGCGGCGCACCUGGGCGUGCUGACGGCCAACUUCCUCGCCGCCGUCUGCGUCCAGGGGCUGGCCGGCGGCCGCGGCCGCGGCACCCCCGGCGAGCUGCACGCCCUCGCCCUCGUCGGCGUCCACCUCCUCCGCGCCCGCUACCGCGCCGGCGCCACCCUCGCCGCCGUCCUGCUCGCCUGCCUCCUCCGCGGCGCGAGCUACGCCAAGAUCGCCUGCUACGGCCUGCCCGCGCUGGCCCUGGUGUUCCGCCCCGCGCUGAUUCGAGGCGCGAAGAGGGCCUACCGCGCUAUAGUCUCUUAUACUUCGCGCCCUUGCGUCUAUGCCUGCGACGCCCUGGUCACUGCCAUCUGUCAGACGCGCAAGCGUUCUGCUGGGUCGCUGAUGGGUCUCGCAAAAUGGCUUGCUCCGACGGCGUCGGUUGGUAUGUCGGUUAGUACCACCGCGGUCGACGCCGAAGUCCAAGCAGAGCAUUCAGCGCCCUCACAGCUUGUGAUGUCUAGCACCGUAGUGGUCGCCGAUAUCACACCCGGCCCCCUCCCGGCAACCGACAACGUUACGGUCAGUCAAGCCAUAGCCGAAUCUAUCUUUCCCGCCACCGCAUCGGUCUCUGCCAAGCCUCGCCAUACACUUAUGCGAGGGGCUCUCCUCACAGGAAGGCCGUCGGUGCAUCCUCCCACGAGGUUCUACGCCAUCGAGCCGAAGUACCUGAAGGGCAAGACCCGAUACGCGUCGCCCUCCCCGCCCCGAACCCCUUCGCCGCUCCGAAACUCCCCCAGACGAGUGGCUCCGUUCUCGGAGGAAUGGCGACGGGUUAGGGGUCUAAAUAGAAAGGUAGCACAGGAAGCUCCUGGCUCUACCGAGCCGGUGCCCGCCCCCGAGCCUACCCCCGAGCCUACCCCAGAGCCUACCCCAGAGCCUGAGGCGGUUAAUGAGCCCCUGCGCGCUCCUGAGCCAACCCCCGAGCUUGAAGCACUUGCCGAGCCUGAGGCAGUUGUCAAGCCUCUGUCUGGUCUGGAGCAAGAGCCAACCCUGGAGCUGGAGUCUGCCACGCUAGAGGUUUCUAGCUUCGAGCCUGUUGGUGAGCCAGCCACGCCUCCGGCUCCGGCUAGUGAGCCCGUGGUGGUCGCCGAGCAAGAACCAGCUCCUAUGCCGAUCCCCGUAGGCGACCUCACGCCGGUCCAGCCCCCCGCCUUCAAGCGAGAGUCAACCCCGGAGUCGGAGUCUGUCACUCUGGAGGCUCCCAUCCCCAAGCCCGUUAGUGAACCAGUAAUGCCUCCGGCUCCGGAGCGUGAACCCGUGGUAGCCGCUGAGCAAGAGCCAAGCCUGGAGCUGGAGUCUAUCAGUCCGGAGAUUUAUAGCUCUGAGCCUGUUAGUGAGCGAAUUUUGCCUCCAGCUCCAGCCAGUGAACCCGUAGUGUCCGCCGAGCAAGAACCGACCACCAAGCCAGCUCCUAGACCGGUCCCCGUGGGCGACCCCGUGCCGGCCCAUCCCCCCACCUUCGAGCGAGAGACCUCCCCUCAGCCUGAAGCUGUCCGCUUGCCCGAAGACGUUCCCGAACCACAGCUUACCGGGGAGGUCCCGACUUCCCCUAAGCCCGAGAUCACAGCAGCAAUAGUGACCCCCCCGGAACCGGUGCAAGCCCCCGAAGAGGAGCCAGUCCUUGUACCGCAGCACGCUCCCGAGCCUCAGACCUCGCCCGAGCGAGAACUCGAGCCCGCGGUGGCUCUCCAUUUCCCAACGCCAUCUCCGCAGCCGGAUCGCGAGCUCGCGGCAGAACCGGUCUUCGAGUCGCAACCUGCCCCUUCAGCGCCGGAGACGAUUUCGUCGAAACCGGCCGCCGAGACGGUUUUUGGCGAGAUCGACAGUCUCCUCGGCGCUCCUGCACAGGAGCCGGCCUCGCAUCUGGAGCUCGCCCCCGGGCCCGCGGUGGCCGUCGCCCCGGGACUUGUUCCCGCGCUGGAGCCGGGCGUUGCAGGGUUCGGGCUCGGCGCCGUGGGAGAGGCGGCCCCCCAGUUAGCGGUACCCCCUGACCCAGAACCUGCCCCCGUGCCCAUGACAAUCGACGUAGAAGAGCCCGUUCACAGCCCCCCGUCCGUUGGCGAACCCGCCCCAGUGCCUGCUCCCUUCGCCGCGCCAGGGAUAGUCCCUGAAUCUAUGUCCAUCGACGAGGUCGAGCCCGCCUCUAUGCCCGCGCCGGCUCCGGGUCCUUGGGCUAGCGAAGCAGAGAGUGGAACACGCCAACAGCCUACGGGGGCGCUGGCGGCGGAUACGAUGGCCGUGGACGAGGAAGACCCCGAGCUGGAGAUGCUCGAGGCUCAGCUCGAUUUCGAGCUCGAGCAGGAGAUGCUGCAUCUGCAGCAGCUGCAGCUGGCUGUGCCAGAGUCCCACGACGACGUGGUGAUGGUGGAGGUUGGCGGAGUGAGGGAGGUCGAGAUGACGAAUACCGCGGCGCCCUCGACCUCCGAGCAGCGGCCGGCCACCGAAAGGGAAACAGACGCAACGCCUAGAAGCAUAACCCCCGCGCCGUGCGCCACCGUCCCCGGCCUCACGUUCCUGUCUCCCCCCGCGACGAGCACCGCGGGACCCUCCACCCCAGCACCCUGCGAUCCAGCGCCGGCGACCCCUGGCCCAAAGCCGCGCCUCGUCUUCACCGCACCGCAGACGCCCGCGGCGCUCCCCCGCCUCACCUUCCCGGCGCCGCAAGCCCCCGCGCCACAGACCCCCGCACAGUCGGAGCCCCCCAGCGCGCGGCGAAUCCUAGCGCCGACUCGCCGCUCCCCCAGCGCCGCCGUCCCCGCCACGCCCACGAUCCCGGACGCGGCGCCGUGCACGCGGAUCGCGGGGGUCCCGGACAAGUUCCUGCUGGCGUCGAAGCCGCGGGCGGGGUGCGCCGCGGUGCUGGGGCUGCCGCCGGCGCCGCCGGCGCUCGAGCUGCCGUCCUGGCUCGCGGCGCCGCGCGCCAAGGCCGAGGCCGCCGGCCGCCGCCGCGACAAGCGCGACCGCCGCGCCGCCGAGCUCGACGCGUACUGGCGCGACGGCGCCGCCGCGGUGCACAAGGCGGCCGGCGGCGCGGGGGCGGCCGCGCCCGGCCUGGCCGCCUGCGCGGCCGACCUCGCGGCGCGCAUGGACGCGCGGGGCGCCGACGCCCGCGCCCGCUGGGCCGAGCACGCGGCGGCGAUCGCGGCGGCCGUCGAGGAGCUGGCCGUGGUCGCCCGCGAGAAGCGCCGCGGCGCGGAGAGGGCGCGCUGGGAGCGCCAGCGCACGCAGGCGAGGAGUAAGCCCGUCGACGUGUUCAUCCGCCCCAAGAGGAAGCCCAACGCGGCCGCGUCCGCGCGGUGA